UUACCCUAACCCGACCAAAUCCACUUCCCCAACCAAGUCUUGACUGUCCGGACUUCUCAGUCUUCCCCUUUCAGCAUUACUCUUUUAACUGUGCUCUGCUAAAUUUUACGCCUUUUCUUCUUCAGAGCUUGGUAUGUCAACAAUGGAGGUUGGAACCCUAAGCUCUGUGGACAGGACGGUCCCGAUUGGCUCUCUUGUGGAGGUUUUGGUGGCGGAGGCUUUUCUUGCUGCUGGAAAAACUCUCGCUUGCCUUCUAAUAGCGAAUGGAUCUCUGUUGAUUGACACCAGCAAGUCACCAAAAUUGAGCACGAUAGAUGAAAGGUUUCCUCUAGAUGAACUCCGCCGAAAAGAAGAAAGAUGCGAAGAAAACAAGGAUGGUAGUGAUACAGAGGAUGAUGAUGAUGACGAAGACGAGGUAGAUCAGGAUGAUGAGGAUGAUGAUGGAGAUGACGAGGACUUCUCAGGCGAAGGAGAGGAUGAGGGGGAUCCUGAUGAUGAUCCUGAGGCCAAUGUAGAAGGAGACAGUGAUGAUGGUGACGAUGAUGAUGAUGAGGACGAUGAAGAUGGAGAAGAGGAAGAAGAGGAGGAGGAGGAGGAUGAAGAGGAAGAAGAGGAGGGGGCACAACCACCUUCGAAAAAGAGGAAGUGAAUAUUAUGGCAGUCUUCGUUGUAAUGUUGUCAUUAGACUUAGUUGUUAGGGCAGAUUUAUGAUCCUCCACGAGCAGACCUAUGAGCCAGUCUUUAUCAUACCUUUCCCAUUAUAAAUUAAUAUAUUUACAUUGUUGUUAUUAUUGUCGUUUUUCCUCCUUUGUGUCUGGGACCGGUGAAGGAUUUGUGUUUUAUUGAAGACGAUGGGUUACUCUUUGC